GGCUACGUUCAGGGUGUGCUGGGAAAGGGAAACUGAAAGAAAAGCACAGAUCGUCGACAGGAGGUUACUUUCACCAUGUCUUCAGAUGAGGAUUUCUCUUUGGUGGAGCAGAUCCCUGAGCCAUCUGAGGACACCUUGGAGGGAAUCAAAGCUUUAAUCGACAACUACAAGAAAAAAUAUGAACAUCUGGUUGAGGAGCAGAAGGAAUUGGCUGCAUGCAUAGACGACCGGCGGGACCUUACUAAGCAGUUUAAGCAGCGCAGUGAGAAACUGACCCAGUCUCUGAAAGAGGAGGAGCGCUCCAACAAAGCACAGAUUGAAAAUGAGAAGGCUCGGCUGGAAUUGAUAAAAGAGGAGGAGCGCGAACUGAUGCUGGAGAUCAAGAAAGUGGAGGCAGCCCUGGAGGAGGAAGAGGCCAGAAACAACCAUCUGGAACAGCAGAAUGAAGUGUUCACUGCUGUACCAGAGAAGACGGUUGUGUUCAUGGGCGAGACGGGAAAGGCAACCGACACACAAACAUUUGAAAUGAACCCACAUAUAGUUUACCCGAUGGAAGGGGGGACGGCACUGGUCACAUUUGAGGAAGAAGUAGUGGCCAAGAAGAUCCUGACCAUGAAGAAGCACCAUGUGAAUCUGUCAGAGGACUGCAUCAUCACCGUGGAGGCCAGACCAGUUCAGCUGAUGGUGCCCAACUUGGUGGAGAUUGACUCGGAGGUGUGUCCUCAGCGCAUUUUAAUCUCCAACCUGCCUAAGAUGGACAAUGACAUUCUGCUGAACAAGCUGGAGAUCCAUUUCUCUAAGAGAAAACAUGGCGGCGGCGAGGUGGAGGACUGUGAAUUGCUCCCUGACUCUGGGACUGUGGUUCUCACCUUUGUGGAGAAAAAAUUUGCCAGAGGUUUGACAGAAAAGGAGUAUCAUGAAGUGCAGCUACAAGAAAAGCACACAGUGAGGGUGACUCCUUUUCUGAACGGAAAGAUUACAAACUUACGGACAAAGAUGUCUGUUUGUCCUCGGACGGUGCUGCUGACGGGAAUCCCUGCCGUCAUGGAGCGAGAGACUCUGCAGGAUCUGCUGGAAAUCCACUUCCAGAAAAGCAGCAAUGGUGGAGGAGAGAUCGAAGCCCUCCUCUUCAACCCCCUGGGGCAGCACACCUCGGCACUGUUUGAGGGGGUCUCCCAAAACGGAUAGGAGAAGUAAGCUCUAUGCUACCAAAAAAACCUGGAUGAGAUCACCUACAAGAUUUAAGGACGUGAUCCACCCAGCUACAAAAUCUGUUUUAGUCUUAUAUUUUGUUACCUUUUGUUAGUAUAAUUCAGCACAAAGCUAUGAACUUAAUGUUUUGGGACGUUUUUUUCUUAUCAAUGAAACUGCCGGCAUUAUUUUCUAGAAGAAAACCUCUGAUGCCCAUCAUUACUGUUGAUCAAUUCUGAGAAUCAUGCUAUAUUCAAAGAUGUAUAAAGUAUUUAACCUGGGUAUUUUCUGUGUAGCUAUUUAAAAAUAUAAAUCAUUGGCAUCAACGGCAACAAAUAGUGUGUAAUUACAAUAAUGCAUUAAGUUCGAUAAUCAAGUAUCUGUUAUUUGGGCCUGUAAAUCCUUGACAAAACUGUUUCCAAUUGUAAAAUAUAAAAAUGUAAAUGUCUGCUGUAACACAUUUACGUUUAUUUACUUUCUCAUGGAGAGUUCAAUCGGUUCAAUACACUGAGACUACAGCUAGCAGCAGGUUAGCUUAGCACAAAUGGAAAGAGGUUAACGGCUAGUUCUGUUCAAAGGGUAACAAAAUCAUCCUUACAGCACCUCUAAAGCUCACUGAUUCACACGUAAUAUAUAAUUUGUUUAAGGAUCAUUUCUUGGCUGGACGUUGAGUCUUCAGAAGGGCACAGUGCCCUACCAACAAAUAUUGCAGUGCAAAGCCUAGUCUUGCCAUAGACUAGAGGGUGAAUGUGCAUAUCCAAAAAUGUCAAACUGUUCCUUUUUAGAGGUCAACAUAGUCUUGAAAGAUUUUAAUUUGAGAUAAAAAUACUAAUUUUGCAAAUAAAUAUACUGCUGAGGUUUUUUAAAGUAGGAGACGGGCCUCCGCGGGGGGGCACCAAACAGUUUCAGGGAAGGCUAAAUGAAUUGAUGUGAAAAAAUAUUAGAUCAAAAGUUAUUAAAAGGAGAUCACAGAAGUCUAAAUGUGUGUGAUUUGAUUAAAGGGAUAGUUCAUAAA